AUGGAAGGCGACAUGUUGGCGAUAUACAAUUUCAACGAAAACGAGAUGCCCGACUUUGAUGGGAACAAUGCAUUAGAGUUUCCCGAUCUAGAUUUUAUCUACGCGGAUGCGGACACUCAUGCAAACGAGAUUGCAGAACUGUACAGCUAUACCGAGCAGGCAGAAUUCCAGCAAAAUGUUAAGGCAUUCGAAGACCAAAUGGAGCUAUACAAGUUGCCACCGAGUUGGCAGAAGUUGUCGGAAACGGAACAGAAUGGCAUCAUACUAAAGUUGCUCGAUCAGCUUGACAUGUCGAAAAAGAGUCAGCGUAUGAAGGCGGCCCGUUGCAUACUGUACCUUGCGCAAGGAUGCUGGGUGGAGGUUCAAUCCGACCAGGAGCAACAGACGUGGGCACGCAAGAACGUCAUGAUGUUGUACAGUGCAGGAGUGUUUGGGGCAUUUGUGGAACUAUUGAAUUUGGAAAUUGACAAUUCCUCGACAGCCAACCUAGCAUUGCGCAAAAUAGCUGUAUCACUGGCCGAUUCGAUUGAUUUGCGUGUCAUUCUGUCCGUGCUGUACAUUAUCACCGAGGUGAUGAGAGCGGAAAAGGAGAGCAAAAAUCAAGAAUACUCACAGCUGGUUUCGAAUUUCGUAACCGAAAUAACUUAUCCGAUCGGCGAUGAGUUGCUGUCCGUAAAACUGCUCGGGAUGGUCACACACUUCUGCUCCGGCAUGGCGCCACAUUUUCCAAUGAAAAAGGUAUUACUGUUAUUGUGGAAGAUAUCUCUAGUGUCCUUGGGAGGCAUGGAUACGCUAAAAGGUUUGAAAGAUAAAUAUCGAAAUGCGGCUGGCCUUUCCCAGAACCGGGAGGACACACUAGAGAUAUCAAAGGUGAUGCGUGCGAGUUCGCCACCUAUCACGGCACCGUCAAAUGAUGACAAUCAGAACGCCAAGCGUAGCAGACCAUCCCGAAGAGUAUGUACGAACCCUAGUCAAACGCAAGAGAGCUUGAUCAAGCAAAGCUCACUGGACGAGCAGGAACAGUUGGGGCUGGAGAUGGAAACGGCGGCCACCGAAAAUGAGGAAGACAUUUCCGACUACUUUCGCCAGUACGAGGAUCCAAUAAAUGGGGCUAAUCCGGCGGCACCCGGCACCGGUGACGAAGGUGCUACCGCUCCUGCUGGAACAGCGGGUGAGAACGGUGAACCGAAGGAUGGCGAAUGCUCGCCACCACCGGCCGAACCGGUGGAAGAACCUCCGCAAGAGAUUACGAACCGGCUGCCCUGGGCACCGAAGAUACGCCGUAAGGAUAUAGACGUGUUUCUCAACAAUUCGCGCAGCAAAUUUAUCGGUUACACACUGAAGGACGAUCAUGAGACAAUAGCGGGACUGCCGCAGCCGAUACAGGAGGGGUUCAAAACAUUGACAAAGCAUAUGUACGUGAGUCUGGCGGACGUGCAGAUACGACGCGAAGAGGAAAUUAAUCGCAAUCCACUCUCUACGUCGGAAGGCGAAAUACCGCUAACGCCAACGGAAAUAUUGUACCAAGCACUGUUGCCCAAUCUGUCGCAGUAUAUGAUUUCGUUGUUGAAGAUCCUGCUGGCCGCUGCUCCAACCUCGAAAGCCAAAACCGAAAGCAUUAACAUCAUGGCCGACGUACUGCCGGAAGAUAUGCCAAUGACGGUACUGCAAUCCUCGAAACUCGGUAUCGACGUGAGCCGGCAUAAAGAAAUCACGGUAAAGGCCGUGUCCGCCAUCCUGCUGCUCUACCUGAAGCACUUUAAAAUCAACCACAUCUAUCAGUUCGAGUUCAUUUCGCAGCAUCUGGUAUUUGCCAACUGUAUCCCGCUGGUGCUGAAGUUCUUCAAUCAGGACAUAAUGGGCUACGUUGGCGCGAACAAUGGUAUUCCGAUCAUUGAUUUCCCCUCGUGCGUAAUCGGCGAGCAGCCGGAACUGACGUCCGAAUCGAUGCUGGUGGGCGAUUCCGCGACCUACUCGUGGCGCAACGUAUUCUCCUGCAUCAAUCUGCUGCGCAUUCUCAACAAGCUUACGAAGUGGAAGCACUCGCGCAUCAUGAUGCUGGUCGUGUUCAAGUCGGCGCCGAUACUGAAGCGCACGCUCAAGGUGCGCCACGCGCUCAUGCAGCUGUACGUGUUGAAGCUGCUCAAAAUGCAAACAAAGUACCUGGGCCGACAGUGGCGCAAGUCGAACAUGAAGACGAUCAGCGCGAUCUACGCGAAGGUACGCCACCGGCUGAACGAUGACUGGGCGUUUGGCAAUGAUUUGGAUGCGCGUCCGUGGGAUUUUCAGGCGGACGAGUGCGCACUCAAGAGCGGUGUGGAUCGGUUCAACAAUCGGCGCUAUCUGCAGGUUAACAAUGGCAUCCUGGCCGGUAUCGAGGGGCUGGACUAUGAUGAUCCGAUCGAGGGCAUCGGCGGCAUUGGUGGUGGUAUCGGUGUAGCAGGACUGGGCGGUGGUGUCGGUGGCGAUGGGUUGAAUGGUGGCGGUGCCGGUGGUUCACUCGGCGGAUGUGUCAAUGGUGGUGCUGGCGGUGGUGCAACCGGCAUUGCCUCGGGACUGGGCCCAUCGGAACGGGGUAACGCUUGCUACGGUGGGCUAGCCCGAAAGCCGGAAGAAAUCGAACUGAGUGAAGAAUUCAAACAGAACUACGAGCUCUGGUUGCAGCAGGAAGUAUAUAACAACAACAUCGACUGGGACGCACUGCUUGCCGUGGACGACUUUUCUUAG